AUGUCACAUUUCAGCUUUGAAACUGAAGUGAAUAAUCUCCUGAGACUUGAUGCCCCUAUGAGUCGAGGACCAGCACCCCGAUGGCAGAAAAAAUCGACUGAGCGUCGGCGUUCUAGUUCCGCUCCAUCCACGCCGCUUCGCAACUCCUUCAGGCUAAAUUCAAGCAAGACUCCGUCGAAGACGCCGAAAUCAUUGAAGAAGACGCCAGGAAAAGCCAAGACCCCAUCUGAAGACAGAUUCAUUCCUAACCGAAGUGCUAUGAACUUUGAAGCGAACUAUUACAAAAUGGUUUCAGCUGAUCGCGAGAACGAAGAAAACGAGUGCGAAAGUCCUUCGAAAGUCGAGUUCAAGAAGAACAUGGCUGAAAACCUGGGUGGAAACGAAGCGAAUACCAGGAUUCUUGCUUUCAAGAAUAAAGCUCCAACACCAAGAGAAGGUACCUUUAAAUGAGAAUAUUUAAAAUGAGAUCGAGUGUUGAAUAAGCUUAUCUGGCUUAUGCAUAUGCAAGCUCGUGGAUCCUAUUGUAAACUAACAAGACUUGCUUAUUGUUCGUUUUAACAAGAAUUUCACAACUAUAUCACCGAUCCCGUGAAAUUUUAAAUUUCAAAAGUGUUCUAAUGUAUUAAGUACUUUUCGAUUAGUCUAUCACUAAUCAUAAAACGGGUCGAUUUGUAUUUUAGGCCAUUUGAAUGAUCUUCGAGUCCUGUACAGCCAAAACAAGACUCCAGCAACAUCGACGAAGAAAAAUGCCAGACAUAUUCCACAGAUCCCUGAAAGGAUCCUAGAUGCACCUGAUCUCAUUGACGAUUAUUGUAAGUUGAGUUCUGUCAUCGUUCCUCCUCGCGAAACGUCAACACCGGCUAAGAGGGAGGAGAAACGGCUGUUUUCGGAGGCUAGUUGUCUCUUUACUAUCAUAGUUUUUCUUUCGGCUUUUUGUUAGCCCCAAAAUGCAUGCGCUGUCACAAUUUUCGAAGUACACCCAACUUUACACUGCUGAAGAGAAUUGUGAUUGAUUUACCCACAGAGACAACUCGCUGACAUCAAACAUUUGUAUCGUCGCUCUGAUUGCUUAUUUUUAUUUUUGUUCCUCUCCUUCUAAACUUGGUCAAAAUAAAGAUUAAGUGCUGUUCACUUUUUACUGAUUGCUCACUUGUUCUAAAGUUUAUUCAGGUUUAUUGUGAUUAAAUAGAUUGGAUUACAAUAUGUGGCAAAAAAAGCGGAAAUACGGUUGCUAUGAGAUAUACAUGUAAAAACAGCAUUAUUUUAUCAUUUAAAUCAUGUGAUUGCUUAAUUUAUGACUUGGGAGAUUGUUACUUUAUCAUAAAGUUCUUGAGGAGGUAUGUGUUUCUGUGGGGGCACUUGCUAACUCAUUUUGCUCAUUUCAAUACUUUCAGAUUUAAACCUACUGGACUGGAGCUGUAACAAUCACCUCGCGGUAGCACUGGGUGGCUUUGUAUAUCUCUGGAAUGCUGUGUCAGGUGACAUAGUCCAGCUUUGUCAAACUGUGACACCUGAAUGUUAUAUUGGCUCUGUGGCUUGGAUUAAGGAAGGGAACUACAUUGCCUUAGGAGACAGUGAUGGGGUGGUUCAGGUUGGUGUCUUUUUAAUAAUUAUUUCUUAACAUUUAAAUCAUGGAUCAAGUUUGCCACAGUCAGGGAAAAAUUAAGGGAAAACAAUACCAGACCAUUUGGAAAAACAAUAAUUUUUUAACGUCAGGGAAUAUCUUUGUUAGUGUCAAAGUCAGCGAAAAGUCAGGGAAUUCUAUUUUCAUUUUACACAAAUCCACUGAAAGGUGUAAAGGAUUUUAACAUGGAGACAGAAAUAUUGGUGAUCUGCAAAGAGAACUAAGCAAGUGUAAAAAAGGAUUUUUGUUUAAUAUUAAAUAUUAAAAAUAAGUCACCUAAUUCAUAGUCUGCUACAUAGCCGUUUUUAGAGUUGUCACGCAACGCUCCUCCCCACUGCUAGUGGGGAGGAGCAUUGCGUGACGACUCUAAAAACGGCUGUGUAGCAGACUACCCAAUUCAAAGCCUGUGAAAAUUUGUCCAGAGGUUUGGGAAAGGUAAAGGAAUUUUUUAGUUUCUAAUGAAUGGCAACCCUGUUUAUGUGCCAAAUAACGAUGAAAUCCAGAAAUUCUGAAUUUUUAUGUACAAAAAUACUGGAAAGUACUGCUAUAAGCAAAAGACAUGCUUAUGAGGUUAAUUGUUGUUGUGAACGCAGUUUAUGCAAUCAUUGCAUAUUAAGAAGCUUCAAAAAAUCCAGGACUUCAACAUUGUGUGAGGAUUCGAACCCAUGACCUCAUGAUAGCGGUGCAACGCUCUUAGAAACCAACUGCUAUGAAGCCACUGAUGUUGGGAGCUGGUCAAUUAUGUGUUCACGUUCCCAUGAAAGAGAUGAGUAUGACAUAACUCAUAUAUGAGAAUUGCAGAAAUGAAAUCAAAUGAACAAUGAUCCUCGCAGUUGUGAACACAAUCUAGGCAAUAAAAUCAAGUGCUGUAGGCCAUUUGAGGCUCUCACUCCCUCACAUUACCCAUUUUCCCCCCAAAACAGACAGCACAAACCUUGAAGUAGCUGGCUUUUUAGGUUGUUGGCACUUAUUGAGAACCCAGAUUCAUACACUUAAAAGUUAGAUUCACCUUGUACAGCAUAAUCAGAACCACAGGGGACUUAAUCAGUAGCUGUCACUUAGUUAAAUGUUGAAACCACUGGUAUACUAGCCUGAGUGGUGGCGGAAAAAAUUAGUGCUUCUGACACAAGAAUCCUACCAGCUACGCAGCUAGGCUACCGGACGGGUAUACUAAAUCCUUGUUGAAAUUGACAGCUGUGGGAUGUGGAGGCGCAGAAAAAAUUAAGAAGCAUGACUGGUCAUUCUGCCCGUGUUGGAUGCCUCUCUUGGAAUUCUUUCAUACUUUCAAGGUACGAUUCCUGAAAUUUGUUAAAUUUAUUAUUUCAGAGGUUUGAGAGGAUUGUUGAAUGUUGGAACAUUCUAUUGCAGUUUGACAAAAAAAAAUUAUGCUUUUUUACAAGUUGAAAUUAUUUAGACACUUAGGAAAGAGAAAUACCAUUAAAAUAGUAUUUUCUUCUGCAGUGCAGGCUAAGUGUUCAGCCUGUUGAAUCUGUGUACAGUGACCUGGGAAUGUAGUCUAAAUCAUUAGCAAUGAAAGCCAACAAAAUUUUCCUAUCAAUUUGUUUUUAGUGGCAGCAGAAGUGGAGCUAUUCAUCAUCACGAUGUUCGUGUAGCAGACCAUCAUGUCGCUACUCUUGCCAGACAUUCCCAAGAAGUGUGUGGACUGAAGUGGUCUCCUGACGGGAAGUACCUUGCUAGUGGUGGUAAUGACAACCUGCUGCUGAUCUGGGAUGCAAGUGUGAACACGAUCAGCAACAGUAAUACACCUUUGUAUACGUUUAACCAGCACCAGGCUGCUGUCAAGGUGGGUAACCUGUGUGGACCCUUUUCAAGUACAGUAAAGUUAUUUUAUUUUACAGAGAUAACUUGACCUUCUGAAACUGCCACUCAGUAAGCACCUCUUUACCCUUAGCUUUAGGCCCCAAGACCAACAUCAAGAGAAAAAGGCUAUGAGAACUAAAGAAAUGAUCACCAACAAAAGGAAAAAUGCUUUGAUUUUUAAUCAAAUUCUGUCAACUACAUCCUUAAGGAAAUGUGUGAAGAUCAGUCUGGAGAAUUUUAUUGUGGAUGUUGGUGACUUGUUAGCUCAAUUGGUUGGGUACCAAUCUUUAGAGCUGAGGGCCUAAGUUCCAUUCAAGGGUCUUAAAAUAACUGAGGUGCUGCAACAUGUUAGACCUUGUAUAACUAGGCGUCUCGAUUAAGGACAAAAAAAUAUAUGGUUAGAGUACUGUUCUUAGUCUAAAAAAUGUACAUCUUAAUAAUUAUUGUAAGAGGGCUUGUUGAAGUAUGUCUCGGAUACAUAAUGUAAGACUAGUUUUUAGUAGCUAGUACUAUGUCAUGGUUGUAAUUAUUGUCAUUAGAAGAAAAGAUUCCAAUACAAUAGUCAACUAUUGUGUCCACACUGGCAGUGCACAUGUCUAAAUCAGAUUUAUACCACAGAAAAUAUAGCCUGCGAACAGCAGACGAAUUUCUGGUCGUCGCUUCUCUCCCGUACGUCUGCAGUUCGCAGGACACAGAAAAUAAUAUUAUUUCAUCCUUUCCUUAUGGUGUCCUCCUUUUAUGUUAGGCUCUUGAUUGGUGUCCAUUCCAACGAAAUGUACUAGCUAGUGGUGGUGGAACGGCUGAUCGUCACAUAAGGUUCUGGAAUGUUGGUGCAGGGAAUUGCCUUAGCAGUAUUGACACUCAUUCACAGGUAAAGAUGCAUACUACUAAACAUUUAACUUAAAUUUGACAUUGAUGGCUUGAAAUUUUUCAGCUUUUACUACGUCUUAUUAAGAUAUUUUUUUACACCUCAAUUGAAUAGCCUCUAAAUCUCGAGGAGUACCAAUCUAGUAUAUGGAAAACAAUCUGUGUAUGGCCUUUUAUAGCUUUGAUAUAUUAUUUUUUGACUACCUGAGAUGUAUAAAAGCAUUCAUCUCAUGCUAGCUCUCCUCACCUCCACUUUCUCGUCAUUGCUCAUUUUGGGUUCAUUAAACUACCCUGCGAGCAAGCUCUCUGGGGCGCUCUGGCGGCAGGGUGGGAAAAGGAAGGAGCGCGUACAACUACAUCUGUGGAAUUUGCAUUCCACCUCCAAUUCCCCUGUGGCUCCCCCUCAACUGAGCUGUCAGAUUUCUGCCAAUCAGCAUGAAGUGGAAACGAGCGUGAAUGUAAAAAAAAACAUUGAAAAACAUGUGCCAAGGGUAAUGACGUCAUUACUAAUGUCAUCUCUGCCAAUCAGCAUUUCGCAUUGACUUUUUCGAUGCAGAUAUUCAAAUUCCAGAGCCGUAGUUGCAAGCUCCCCUUCCUUUUCCCUCCCCGCCGCCACAGUCACAGCCACAGCCACAGCCACAGAGAGCUUGCUCGCAGGCUAUUAUUAAACCUGAAUAGUAAACUGUCAAUUUCUACCAAGCAAACAGUUGGGGAUUCCCCAGCAUAAUACAGUACAUGUUUGACUGUACUUAACAAUGAAUUGCUUCCAUUUUUAUACUUUUUUCCUUUUAUAAUUAUUUCUUUCUCAUUUAUCAAGAGUCUUCUUUUGACACCCAUAGGUGUGUUCCAUUUUGUGGUCAAAAGAAUAUAAAGAACUAGUCUCAAGUCAUGGUUAUGCACAAAACCAACUGACAGUUUGGAAGUAUCCAUCAAUGGUGAAAGUAACAGAGCUAACUGGACACUCAUGCCGCGUCCUUCACAUGGCUAUGAGCCCAGAUGGACAGACAGUUGUUUCAGCUGCAGCAGAUGAGACACUCAGACUUUGGAAGUGUUUCGCUACAGAUCCUGUUAAAAAGAAAACAAAGCCUAAUCCAACAAGUAGCUCAUUAGUACAUCGAGGAAUUCGCUGA